GCAGCGUCGGUGAACGACGAGUGCACUGUCCAUCUUUGAGCCGCUGCUGCCUAAGGAGUAUCCGCGCUGUGCUGCGCAUCGUCUAGCCUAAAGUCCUUGGCGUGGCACUGCCCAGGACGCUGUACGGUCUUCUCCCUCUGACUCCCUCCAGCAUGCCUGAUACCUCCGUGUCUGCGAAUGUCUUGCUCGCUCUUCCAGAGGCCACCCUCCGAACACAAUCUACACCGACAACAGGGACCGUCUACCUGCAGUACAUCGGCGUCGCCCCGCCAUCUGCAUCCGCAUCCGCCACAUCCGAGCGCUCCAUCUACCUCGUCGUGCGCCUGAACGACAUCGAGUUCCCGAUCGACCCCAGUCGCCCCGUCGCGCGACACAUAACACCCGACGGCACACAUGUCUACACGUUCAUACUCGACGGAUACACAGCGCAGAGUCUCGGCCUGAAAGGGGACUCCGUGCCCGUUUCGCUCUCGCUCAGAGGCCUCCCCGAUCCCGCACGCGUCGAUGCGAUCGAGACGUUCGACCAGAUCCUCGGACAGUAUGCCGGAUGGGAGGGCGCAAGCGGCGGCGUACAGCAAUCGACGGGGAUGAGCCUGCACGAGGGCGGAGGCAACUCAGAAGAUCUCCGGGGACGGCUUGUGCUCAUGGACGAAGCGACGGGCGAGAUGGUCGGCGAGGUUCCGCAUCAACUACCUAUCCACGAGGACCCUGCGCUCGUGCGUGUGGAUGAGGCGGAGGGUGCUAAGGGCGCAGCGCAUGCGGCGCCGGUUGUCCUCGAGCUCCCGCCGGACGUAUAUGAUGCGUAUACGGGUCAACAAACCGCGGAGGGUGCCGCUGCGUCUGAGCUGACCGAGGCGCGGGAGAUCUUCGUGCGCGCGAUUCCUCCAGAGCAACAAGACUGGAUGACGAAGUCGGCUUCGUUGAUCAGCCGCGGCAUAGACUCGUCGGCCUCGUUGCUCGUGAAGGGGAUAUCCUCUGCCUCCCAGCUUUACAUAAAACACUCAACCCCACACUCUCCGACUCCCGCAGACGGCAAGGCGCCAGCGGCGGGCGGGCCUCCCUCGAGGAUGGCUACUAUCCUUACGCAUCCCACCACGCAUACAGCCCUGGGCUACGCGCAUAUAGCCACCGGGCAUGCCGCCCGGGUCAGUGCGAAAACAUCCGAGCUUGUAGAGGGCAUGAUCCGGCGGGCGGUGGGCGGCAAGCCGACAAGCGGACCUUCAACGACAGUACAACGGCCCACGCCUGCAUCGCUCACUAGCCCGACGCUCUCAUCGGGCUCGCUGGUGCCGCCGCCUGCUUACAACUCCCAUGCGCCGCCCUCGCCCUCCGAGAAGCCCCCGCUCCCACCUCGUCGCGACGGAUCAAAGUCGCCGGCGCCGCCUCUCCCUCCUCGAUCCGACGGGCUCAAUCCUCCUGCUCUCACUAGCCAGCCAGCUUUAUUGCUACCGACGGGAACCGACCCCAGCGCUCCUCGCCCGCCAGUCCGCACGCGCGACCGUCUCGCGCUCUCCGCGAACCUCGUGCUCGCGUCCGUCGACGAGUCCGCCUCUCGCCUGUGGGACGCAGGCAGUGUGCAGCUCGGCGCGAUCGCCGGGCAUAAGUACGGCCCCGACGCAGCGCGCACGACGGGGCUCGCGACGGGUACGAUGCGGAACGUCGUGCUCGUGUAUGUAGACGUGCGCGGGUUCGCGCGGAGGGCGUUGAUCAAGAAAGCGGGGAAGCAGUUCGUGAAGGGACGUAUUGCGGGGACCCGUACCCAAGGCCAGGCGUAGUCAGCUGCCGGAGCAGAAGGCAUUUGUCUUCGAACGCUGAGUGUAAGUUGCGUCCGACUGUCGAUCAUAUAUUUCACUACUUUCGCGCACUCCGAUAUACCUCGUAAUAUCGCCCUAAAAUAGACAUGCCGGUCAGGCUCAGUGUCUUGCUUCUUUCCGACACUAG